AUGCGAGUCAUCUGGGCGAUUUUUCUCGGCGCGUGCAGGUUUCUCCUCUCCUCUCUCGUCGCCGUGUCUUCUCUCCCGCAUGCGAAUUUCGUGCCUGGGGCUGAUGACGUGGCGCAGCUAGAGAGAGUGCUGGCGCAAACUGACGUGGCAUCUGUUACGGAGUCGAGCGGACGAGCCGUCAUUUCCAAUGGAAAACUAGCUGAGGGGGAUGGGGUCAAGAAGUAUGUGGGGGAGGCGCAAGUGGGAAAGCUAUCAUUGGAAGAGGCGUCGUCUUUGUUGGCUGCCGAGCCUGUCCAUUCUUCCGAACCUGCCGAACAUGCCGAGCCUGUCGAGGCUGCUCAUCCUGCUGCGCUGAAAGCAUUCUACUGGACGUAUGUGUUCAACUGCUUUGGCGAGCACUCGUGGCGGUUCGCAGGAGCAGCGCUGCUCGCACUGCUGCACCACUCGCUGCUGCCCGUGGCUGUAGCCAGCUUCGUCAGCCAGUUGGUGGUAUUUAUAGGCGCUCCUCUAGUGGGAGAGCUUAUGGACUCCGCUCCUCGGGUGGCUGCCUUCAGCACCAUUUCUGUUGCCCAGACCACAGCCAUGGUAGUGGCAGCUCUAGCCACCAUACACGCCAUUCAACUCGCCGGCCCAGCUGUCGCAGGCGCAGUUGCCACGUCAGCUGCAGCGUCAUCUGCCACGUCAGCCGCCACGUCGGCUGCCACGUCAGCACUGGCUGCUCUCCCAGGCACGGCAGUGCUGCGUCAAGUGUGGUUCGUGGUGCUGGUGGUGGCCGGCGCUGUUGAGAGAUUGACCGGAUUGGCGUCGGGAGUGGCAUUUGAACGAGACUGGGUGAUCGUGGAGGAUCCGACCGAUGGAUUCUACCAACACCUCUGCGAAUCUGCAAAGGACAAGUUGAGACGUUUCAAAACUCUCCUUCUCUCCGUCCCAAACCCAUCAGGUAGCAGCGCCGCUCGUAUUUGGAUGGCUCAUUGUUGCAUUCGGCCCGCUGGUCUGUGCCAGAGCAUGUGCCGCCCUCGUCGCCCUCUCCCUCCCUGCCCUGCUCGCCCUCACCACGCUCACCAACCGUCUCUCCCAAGGAGCUCUCAGCAGACCUCGGCCAAGCACACGCUGCUGCGUGCGUGCAGCACUGGUCGCGAUUGUGGCGCCCCUGCUGCCCCUGCUGCAGCAGCAGCAGAAGCAGCAGCAGCAGCAGCAGCAGGAGAUGGAGCAGCAGCAGCAGCAACAACAACAACAGCUGCAGCAGCAGUGGAGAGGAAAAUGGGGGCUUUGAAGCAAGAGGCAGCGGCUAGGAUAGGAGAAGGGACAGUGGCAGCAGGGAAAGCAGUGAAGAAAGCGUUGGAUGCAGUGGGGAAAGUGGCAGAAGCAGCAGGGAAGGGGUGGCGGUGCUACGUGCAGCAGGCUGUCAUGCCCGCCAGCGCAGCCUACGUGCUGCUCUUUUUCAAUGCCGUGCUCUCGCCUGGGGGGCUCCUGACCUCGUUUUUGUCGCAGCACGGCGUGCAGAUGUCAGUGAUAGGGGCCUUCAGAGGCGCCUGUGCUGCCAUGGGCUUUGCAGCCACCUUCGUUUCGCCACCUCUCGUGGCACGACUGGGUGUGCUACAGGCUGGCAGUGCUGCUCUCGUCUUCCAGGCUCUCCUGCUGGCCCUCGCAGUGGCCAUCUUCUCUUCUCUCUCUCGCUGCCCUCCGGUGCUGCAGCAGGGGCUGAUGCUGCUCUUCCUACUCCUAGUCGUGCUCUCUCGAGUGGGCCACUGGACAUUUGAAAUCGUGGAUUCCCAAAUUAUCCAAACCGCCAUUCCCCCCGCCUCCGCCAAUCUCAUCGGCACCACCGAAAUCGCCCUAGCCAGCCUGGCAGAGCUACUAAUGUUAGGACUCGCCAUAGUCGUUCACGAUCCCAAGCACUUUGGCGCUCUCGCUGCCAUGUCCAUGGCUGCUGUUUUCGCUGCCGCUGGGGUUUACUGCUCCUGGCUGGCUCGGCCCGACCCGAGAAUUGCGAAGCUGUUUCCGAACCAGCCGGAGGUUCGGUGGGGGGAGGUAUUGGGGAGGCUGGGAGGUGGAGGGGGGAGGAAGUGA